CUCAAUCAAUACUCAAUCACCGCAGACCCGAAGCACCGGUGGCAUUAAGGGGACGCAGUAAUCAAUCAGAGGGUUGGCUGUAUGUUGAAGCGAAGAGUAGCCGACAAUAGAGGUUGCGUUUUUGGGGUCCGGGGAUUGGGAAACUGGGAUAGGCCAACAUCACAGCGGCUAACUGAAGGAAAGGCGUAUCUUGAACAUCCUAUUUUCCGGGAUAAUCGUUUUUGGUGUGCAGUCUCUCUGGACAGUGACAUGCAGAGAAUAUGUGACUGCUAAGGAUGAGGUGUGAACAGCUGGAGAAACUGGAGAAGACGGGACUGUAGCAGUUUCUGAUCGGAGGCGGGGCAGGGGAGGCCUCGCAACGCUGGGCAACAUGAACACUACUACCCCCUCCAUACAGGGAGAUGGCAUGAUUCACUACAUGCUGGUGCCAAUGUUCUUCAUCGCUGUCAUUGGGGUUUCUACUGCUGGGGUGCUGUACAUGUUAAAGAAGAGAAGGAUAGACCGAUUGCGUCACCAGCUGGUCCCCGUCUACACCUACGACCCGUCGGAGGCGGAGGACGGAGAACGGGAGGUUCUGCUGAGGAAUGAAAACAUGGAGAGCUGGACAGGGUUCUAUCAGCAUCAGCACCCCUCACUGGUGAAAAACAGCAGUGCUGGAGAAGUGGGUUACAUGCUGAAGCAGGACUGGUUGUAGUUAGGCACGAGGACCACACCCACUGCUCAUACUCUGUGCAUUUUUGGCUCCCUGUUCAAAUUCUAAACAACUCCCUGCACACCAAAUAAUGCUCUUCUUGCCCUUAUCCUCAGUCUUGAAUAUUUACAAUAAAAACCUGCUUGAAUCACAGCUCUAUCAAUCCCAGAUCCCAAUUCAGUAGUUGCACCUGAGCAAUGAUCUUAUUUUAUUUUUAAUUUGAAUGUACAGCAAUGUGGGCGCCUUUAACAAUACAGAAAUGCAAGUGUGAAAACCAAAAGGUGCUGUUUACAAUGACCUAAAGAUAGCGUAAACAUUCCAUCUUGCUGGCUGUACAGGCUACGUUGGAAGUGUAGUCUUCUGUGGCAGUAUUUUGGAACAACACCUAAGCACAGUCAUCAUGUUUAAACAUGUCAUGUUCUGGCUUAUCUUUCACAUGUUGUGAUCUGCACCCACUUAAUGCGAUGCUGUUGCUGAUCCAGUUGUGUUAUGUACGAAUAUAGGGUUCACGGACAAAGAUUUGUUCUCUGCUGACACUGAAUUCUAUUUAAAGUAUGCUAAAUAUGUCUUUCAUAUUAUAAAAAAAGCUUUGUAAAUGGUAAUGUUUGCCUGGCAUUGAUGUUUAGGCAUUGUAUUUUAUUUUAUCUGACCUGAAAAUGCAAAUAAGCCAAAAGUAUCUUCUGGAAUAUGUGAAUAUUUUGUCUAGUUAAGAGAUUUUAAAGAUGUUAAAACGAAUGUAAAAAUAAAGACUAUAUAUAUAUA